AUGCCAAUUUCCACAUUCUCAUUUCGAUCUCUAGCAUCAUAUUUUUUGAUUCCGAAGACGGAGGAGAAGAAACCGAAGAAAGCUGAUGAUGGUGACCGCGAUCACAACACCCUAAAACUCCUGCUUCGGAGCCAGGCUGGAGGGCUAAGCAGCAACUUCGAUCUGGCAGACGAAUCUCCUCCACAUACUCCCGCCCCAGCCGCUCCUGGCCCCUCCAACCCUUCAAUAGUCCUCCAGUCUGCACCUACCCCUCUCAUACCUAUUUCCUCGACAGCAUCUGACGUCCAGAUCAGCCACGACGAGGAUUCCCCCCAAUCUCUCUCAAACAACGUGCCAUCUUCGAGGUUUCAAAGCUUAGGUACUCACACCGGUCAUCGUGAAUCUGGCGAGCUUGGUUCUCACCAACCUAACCACCGCCGCCGUCGUCGGGAACGAACUCCUGAUCAGUCCGAAAGGGCUGGGUCGAGGUCCGGAAAUCUUAGUCCAGGCCAACGCAGACGCAGACGGUCUGUUGAAGAACACGCAAGGGAUAUCAACAGGGACGAUUUUCCUCCUUCGCCCAAGCGCAGGCGCCUGGCGGAUACCAACAUGCGGUCUGACGGCGGAGCUUCGACUUCAAACGCGAACGGCUUCUCUCCCAUAUCAAACGGCUCAACCACCUCUCCCUUACGGAAAUCUGCUGUUUCCAGCUCAACUAACGACAGAUCCCCCCACUCAAGCUCAAAUGGUCAAUCCCACGCAAACGGCUCGGGAAAAUCACCUGCUUCUCUCUCACCUACAUAUUUUGGUCAUGAUCGGCAAGAAGUGACUAGAAUUUUAAUUCAAAGUUUGCACGAUCUGGGAUACGAUGAGGCAGCGUCUGCCUUAAGCCGGGAGUCAGGGUUUCAGCUAGAAACUCCCGCCGUAGCUGCUUUUAGGUCAGCUGUACUAGAUGGGCGAUGGACUGAUGCGGAGGGCAUAUUAUUGGCUUCAUAUUAUUCUGAUGGUGGAGGCGGAGGAACUUCUAAUGUCCGUGGAACAGAGUCUGAUAUUUUGCCUGAACACGACUUUCUUAUCUUAGCGGACGGCGCGGACAAAAACGAGAUGCUCUUCCGCUUAAGACAACAGAAAUUCCUCGAGUUAUUAGUGCAGCGGGAUCUUGGAACGGCUUUGAUGGUGCUUCGACAGGAACUAACGCCGCUAAACCAUGAUAUCGGACAACUGCAUGCACUCUCCAGACUUUUGAUGUGUCCUGCAGAUAGCUUACGUGCGCAAGCGGGCUGGAAUGGCUCAGUAUUGCAGUCACGACAGAAACUGCUGUCAGACCUAUCGAAAUCUAUAUCCCCCGCUGUCAUGAUCCCCGACCACCGGUUAGCAGUUUUGCUUGACCAUGUGAAGGAAAAUCAGAUCAACCAGUGCUUAUAUCAUAAUACUGCAAUACCUCCCUCACUCUAUUCAGACCACCAGUGCGACCGAUCCCAGUUCCCCUUACGAACAUCCCUCGAACUUACUGAACUCACGGAUGAAGUCUGGUACCUCGAAUUCUCCCAUGACGGCACCAAGCUAGCAACAGCGGGUCGCGAGAACCUCGUCAUCAUAUAUGACGUUGCUACCUUUGCUGUCAUCCAUAGGCUUACCGAUCACGGCGGAUCCGUUGCAUAUGCAACAUGGAGUCCUGAUGAUACCAAACUUAUCAGCUGUUCCCACGAUUAUAAGGCCAGGCUAUGGGAUGUUGAAACUGGCCGUUGCAUCCUAACCAUCGAUCACCACCAUGAGCCAGUGACCUCUGCCGCAUGGGCGCCAGACAGUGAGUCAUUCGUGACCGGUUCUCUCGACAGCCAAUCCCAGCUCUGCCUCUGGAGCGUUGUAGGCGAGUCUCUUUACAAGUGGUCAGGCAAUUACCGAGUACGAGACUGUUCAAUUUCUCCCGAUGGCCGUCGACUGGUUGCCAUAUCGACGGAGAAAAGCGUCUACGUAUAUAAUUUCGAGACCCGAGUCGAGGAAUAUAGCAUGACCCUCAAACUGGAUCUCACGUGCGUCAAUAUCAGCCGAGAUUCGAGAUAUAUGUUACUUAGCACGUCUGAAUGCGAAGUGCAAUUGUUGGGUAUUGAGACGGGGGAAGUUGUGCGACAGUAUCUUGGGCAGAAGCAGGGCAAUUUUAUCAUCAGGAGUACGUUUGGUGGCGCUGCUGAGAACUUCGUCGUCAGCGGCAGCGAAGAUUCAAAAAUCCACAUCUGGCACAAGGAGAACUGCACGCUCGUCGCAACACUCCAGGGCCACGGACACGGUUGCGUCAAUGCGGUAUCAUGGAACCCGAAGGAUCCUGGAAUGUUUGCAUCGGCGGGGGACGAUCAUAAAGUUCGAAUAUGGACUAGGGAUCCGCCGACCUGCACCCCUGUCUCAGGGAAAGUACGGAUGCCAUCGAAUGGCGCGGCACGGACAAGCGCUCUAAGAACUACCUUCAACCGAUCCUCAAAUUUCUGA